UAGCCAGUGUGGCAACUCCGUGCGGCGCUGCCACCUGCCAAAAACCAGCUGUUGCUCACAAGCUGAUGAAACUUUGCCGCAUUUGCAAGUGCAGAAGCGACUGACUGUUUAUACGUGCGCAUAUAUAGAACGGAAAGAUAAUGUCGAAACGUGGGCAACCGGCGUGGCAAGCUCCCGAGGCGGUGGAUCGGCCGAAACUGAAGCUGUUCAACAGCCUCACGCGACAGAAGGAGGACUUCGUGCCGCUGGACGGAAAUAAUGUAACGUGGUAUAGCUGCGGACCCACCGUCUACGAUGCCUCCCACAUGGGGCAUGCCAGAUCUUACAUUUCCUUCGAUAUUUUGCGGCGCAUUCUGUCCGACUACUUUGGCUACAACAUCCACUAUGUGAUGAACAUUACGGACAUCGACGACAAGAUCAUAAGGCGUGCGCGGCAGAAUCAUCUCUUCGAGGAGUACGCUGCUGAGGCGCAAAAGCUGCCACUGGAUGAGCUGCUGGGUCAGCAAAAGGAGGUACUGCAGCGGUUUCAGGAUACAUGCGCCAAGAAUACUGAUCCCGACAAGAAGAUUAUGCUCGACAAGACACUGCAGCGGAUGAACGAUGCCGUGGAGGCGCUGACCAAGGCGGUUGGCAAGGGCGAUGAGCGGGAGAUCUCCGAGAAGCGGCUGCUCUACCUUAACGAAGCCAAGGAUCCCAUCUCAGACUGGUUGGACUCGCUAAAGGGCGCCCAGAUCAAUGAUAAUGCAGUAUUUGAGGCACUGCCGCGCUACUGGGAAGAUCAGUUCCACAACGACAUGAAAUCGCUGAAUAUUCUCCCGCCAGAUGUUUUAACUCGGGUUUCGGAGUACGUGCCGCAAAUCGUCACCUUCAUUCAAAAGAUUAUCGACAACGGCUUGGCUUAUGCAGCCAACAACUCCGUUUACUUCGAUGUAAAUGGCUUCGACAAGAGGGAAAAGCAUCAUUAUGCUAAGCUGGUGCCAGAAGCAUAUGGCGACACCAAGUCCCUGCAAGAAGGUGAAGGCGAUCUGUCCGCCGCAGAGGAUCGGCUCUCCGAGAAGCGUUCUGCCAAUGACUUUGCCUUGUGGAAGGCGAGCAAAGCCGGCGAACCCUGGUGGGAUAGCCCAUGGGGCAAGGGCCGUCCAGGCUGGCACAUUGAAUGCUCGGCCAUGGCCUCGGAUAUCUUUGGGCCCACGUUUGAUAUACACACUGGCGGUGUGGACUUAAAGUUCCCUCAUCACGACAACGAGCUGGCCCAAUCGGAGGCCGCUUUUAAUGAGUCGGAGUGGGUUAAGUACUUCCUGCAUACGGGUCACCUCACCAUCGCUGGCUGCAAGAUGUCCAAGUCGCUGAAGAACUUUGUCACCAUCCAGGAAGCUCUAAAGAAACACUCCGCCACCCAGCUGCGACUGGCCUUCCUGCUGCACUCGUGGAAGGAUACGCUCGACUACUCAGAAAACACCAUGGAAAUGGCCACCCAAUACGAAAAGUUCCUCAAUGAGUUCUUCCUGAAUGUCAAGGAUCUGACGCGGCAUGUGCUCUCCGAAGAGCCCCGCCGGCAGUUUGAUGCCUGGACAGAAGUUGAGGCGGCUUUGCAGAAAAAAUUCUCCAAUGCUCAGGUCCUAGUACAUGCUAGCUUGUGUGACAACAUUGAUACUCGCAGCGCCCUUGACGCUAUUCGAGAGCUGGUAUCCGUGUCCAAUGUCUACAUUCGCGACAAUAAGACUAGACUCAACAGUCUGCUGCUCCGAAACGUGGCCACAUAUAUCACGGAUCUGUUGCAUGUGUUUGGCGCAAUAUCUGGUCCUCGCGGUGGCAUUGGAUUCCCCGUCAGUGGUGGCUCAGGAGCACAAGCUGCCGGCGCAGAUUUAGAAACUACGGUCUUGCCUUACGUUCAAUCGCUGGCUGAAUUCCGUUACUUGGUGCGGGAGCAAGCCAAGACCCUGAAGGCCUUUGACAUCCUGAAGCUCUGCGAUGAUCUACGCGACAAUGUGCUGCCAAAUUUGGGCGUGCGACUGGAGGACAAGGAUAUUGGAAAGUACGCCGUGAAGCUGGUCGACCGCGACUCACUUUUACGAGAACGGGAGGCAAAGCUGGCCGCCGAAGCGGAGAAGGCAGCAGAAAAGGAGCGCAAGAAGCAGGCGGCUGCGGAGGCUGCUGCGGCCAAAGAAGCCCAGCGUCGUGUGAAUCCCAAGGAAAUGUUCCUGGGCGAAACCGAAAAGUACUCGGCGUUCGACGACAAUGGCCUUCCCACUCACGACAAGGAGGGCAAAGAGGUCAGCAAAGGACAGAUCAAGAAGCUGCAGAAACUCCAACAGCAGCAGGAACAGCGCUACAAAGAGUAUUUGGCAUCAAUUGAGAAAGCCUGAGACCUAAGAUCAGAGCCAGCAUGUUAAUGAUAUUAGCAUUUAUCCGAUUCAAGACCUUCGUACCAUUUAGUUAAUGCAAGAGAUUUCAGUUCCCAGCUUGAAGCAAUCCAUCUAAUAAAAUAGUUUUUCUAUGA